ACGGGUCCAAAGUCUCCUGGAGCAAGAAAUCUGUUUCUCUUUGCUUUGUAAGCUCCAACACAGACGACAUUAAGAUUUUUCAAAUAGUUAUAUAAUUUAGCUUAUUGCAUUUGAUAUUUUUUUCAACUACUUUUUUGCCUUAAAUCGUGGAUACCACUACAAACAUUCAUAUCGGACUACUCUUGCAGUCUGCUAUCGUUCAGUAGCAGACAAGAAGAUCCAAAAUGGCUUGUGUUUUAUUAACGUGUUUUUUAAUUUUGAUAUCAGCGCACCAGGCUGAAUCAUCCGGUGUGUUUGAGUUGAAAGUGCGCUCUUUCACAAGUACAAGCAGUGUGUGUAAACGGCCCAGCGACUGCCAGAUCUUUUUCCGCGUUUGCCUGAAGCAUUCACAAGACAUCAUACUACCCGAGCCGCCGUGCACGUACGGCACUGGAAUGACAGACAUAUUCAGCGCGGACUCCAUCUCCAGCAGUGCGCAUAUUCGCGUGCCUUUUAAUUUCAAGUGGCCGGGGAUUGUCUCGCUGAUAAUCGAAGCCUGGAACGCAGAGUCCUCUGACCAGUCAACAGAGAAUAUCAACAACAUGAUCAGCCGUUUGGCCACCAAACGGCGACUCGCUAUCGGCGAGGACUGGUUCCCGGACGUGCAUUUCGGAGAGCAAAGCCAACUGGACUUUUCUUAUCGCGUCGUGUGCGAUGAGUUCUACCACGGCGAGGAAUGCUCGGAUUUCUGCCGCCCACGGAAUGAUGCGUUCGGCCACUUCAACUGUGACGCCGCUGGAAACAGAAUUUGCCUGCCAGGAUGGAACGGCGAAUAUUGCGCAGAACCCAUCUGCUCGUCUGGCUGUAGCGAGGACCAUGGUUAUUGUGAGGCCCCGGGUGAGUGCACGUGCCGCCUUGGGUGGGACGGCCCCCUCUGCGACCAGUGCCAGCGAUACCCGGGGUGCCUGCAUGGCACCUGCAACCAGCCAUUUCAGUGCACUUGCAAGGAAGGCUGGGGCGGCCUGUUCUGCAACGAGGAUCUGAACUUCUGCACCAAUCACAAGCCCUGCAUGAACGAUGCCACCUGUACCAACACCGGCCAGGGCAGCUACACCUGCAUCUGCAAGCCAGGCUUCAGUGGCAAAAACUGCGAGAUCGAGACCAACGAGUGCGACAGCAAUCCGUGCAAGAACGGAGGCAGUUGCAACGACCUGGUGAAUGAUUACACCUGCACAUGCCCUCAAGGCUUCUAUGGGAAGAACUGCGAGGUCAGCGCUAUGACCUGUGCAGAUGGACCCUGCUUCAACGGAGGAACCUGUACAGAAAAGGGGACCGGUGGCUACUCCUGCCGCUGUCUUGCCAGUUACAUGGGCUCCAACUGUGAGAAGAAAAUCGACCGGUGCAGCAGUGACCCCUGUGCCAAUGGUGGCCAAUGUCUCGAUUUGGGUAGCAGACUGACAUGCAGAUGCCGCCCCGGCUUCACAGGCUCACGUUGCGAUACAAACAUAGACGACUGCGCAAGUAACCCCUGCCAAAACGCAGGCACCUGCGUGGACGGCAUCAACGGCUACACCUGCUCAUGCACGCUUGGCUUCUCAGGCAAAUACUGCAGCGUCCGCUCUGAUGCCUGCAGCCGCAUGCCCUGUGAGAACGGAGGGACCUGCUACACCCACUUCUCCGGGCCCGUCUGCGAGUGCCCGCCAGGUUUCAUGGGAACACGAUGCGAGUAUAACGAGAAGCCCCCUGUGACCAGCCCUUCUCUUCCAGCGGCCAUGGUGGUCUCAUUUACUCUAGGCCUCAUCACUCUCACUCUUGUGAUCUGCGCCGCCAUCGUGGUGCUGAGACAGAUGCGACAAGACUGCAAAGUCACCUCGACCACCGUGCGCAACGACCUGGAGUCCAUCAAUAACCGUGUCUCCUUGAACCCGUCCUCGACAUUAGGUAGAGAGAAGGAGGCCUUCCUCAUUCCUGGUGGUCCUUUUAAGGUGUCCAAUAAGGAUGUGGCAUUCAGAUCUUCCACCGUGGACACGCAAUCAAAUUACAAGCAGAAGAUGGUGGACUACAAUCUGAGCAUUGACGAAAAACCUACUAACAACAAGCUAGACAUGAAAAACUCUGAAUCUACAUUGUUAGUUCCACCUUUGAACUAUCCGAAAGAGGGAGUGUAUCACCCUGUGUACAUCAUCCCUGAACACAUAGAACAAUGUGUAUUUGCUACUGAGGUAAGCCUCUCCAGACAUUUUCUCAAUUUGUUAUUUAUGAUUUCAGUGUGAUUCUUUUCAAAGAAA